UGACGUAUGCGCUCGAAUGUAGUAGCGUGAAUACGCGCGGUGGUGCGCUCGUUCUCGUUCAGAGGGGGAGAGAAAGAGCCACCGAGGAGGGCAGAAAGAAACACAAGAGAAAGGGGCAAGUCUUUCUACGACAGCACCACGGCUUGGGAAGAAACCAACUGUCUCGAGUUGGCUGGGAUGGAGCUGAGCGUUUCCAUUCUGAGCCGUGAACGUCUUUUCGCGCCGUCCGCGUAAAACUCCUAAAUCGCGCCCGGGGACAUUUAGCGCAAGGCCGGGGGCAGUUUGCUGUCGGUCCCGAGGGUUCGUGGAGCCGUGUGAAUCUGUUGCUAGCAUCGCUCAAAUGCUAGUUAGCCCCGCUGCUAAGCUGCUAGCCAAGACUGCGAGUCAAUUGUGUCGGAGAUUUCUUACUUGCAUAUAAAAACUGUUCCGUUAAUUCCCUCCUCUUGAAAUUCAUUUUCCCGGGUGAGUUUUCAUUUUUCCUAACUGAGGAGAGGUUAAUAAACCAGCUGUAGUGUUUUUAUUUCGAUUUAUUUUCAGCAGAGACUUUUUUUCUCUAUUAGCUCGUUAGCCGCUCUGCUUGGUUUAGUCCAGCUUGUUAGUAGUGUCGCUCCUCAUACUGAGAUUUUUACUGUAAUAGCUGUCAUCGCCAACAGCACUCUUUUCCGUGCGUUUCUUAUUUUUUUUAAGUGUUUUAUCUAUAUGUGUUUAUUAAAGAUUUUACGAGUUGUUUAGAAAGGAGAUAGUUUGAGAUGCCGCGCGUGGGAUACUUGAUGUUUCCAGGGACGCUUUUAUUUGCAUGUUAGAUUGAGUGCUACUGUUCAGUGCUUACCUUUUGGUUUUAGUUGGUUUAAAAUAUUAGAUUCGGCAGGAGUUGCAUGACGUCCGAUCUUUUUUUGUUGCAUUGACCCACGCACUAUCCUUAGACACCAUUUCACGUGGGUAAAUUUCACAUUUCAGACCUGUUUACAUUAUUUUCACAUAGGCGUUCGUUAGGCUCCACGUUUCUAUUCACGCUGGUGGUCGUACAUGAUCACGAAGGUAGAUCGCUGCACGGUCGCGAAGCGUCUUCAUUGGUUUGCGGUUGGAAAACGGCAAGAUUUGGCUUAAAAGUACUAUGGAUGAACAGACCCGAAUGCUGGCUAGCAUGGGCGGACUCGCCGGACUGUCUCAAGCCGACGUGGGUGACCCCGAUUCGGUUCGGAAGCAGCAGUCCCUCGGUCAGCCGCAGCAAGACAUUGGGGAUAUUCUCCAGCAGAUAAUGGCCAUCACCGACGAGAGCCUCGACGAAGCCCAGGCGAGAUGCUGGCCAGAGGAUGCACCGGCGCAGUGGACCCCACAGAGGGAGGGGGAGCUGGGGGGGAGCACAGCAGGGUGUGCCCUGCCGCUCAACUUCCAGCACAGGAAACAUGCCCUGAACUGUCACAGGAUGAAGCCGGCUCUCUUCAGCGUGCUAUGCGAGAUUAAAGAAAAAACAGUGCUGAGCAUCAGAGGCGUACAGGAGGAAGACCCUCCAGAUCCCCAGAUCAUGCGUCUGGACAACAUGCUGCUGGCCGAGGGCGUGUCAGGGCCCGAGAAGGGUGGUGGCUCUGCGGCAGCAGCAGCGGCUGCAGCGGCGGCCGGAGGAUCACCCAACGACGGCAGCAUCGAGCACUCCGACUACAGAGCCAAACUCGCACAGAUUCGUCAGAUCUACCACUCCGAACUUGAGAAAUACGAACAGGCCUGCAGUGAGUUCACCAAUCACGUGAUGAACCUGCUGAGGGAGCAGUCCCGCACACGGCCCAUCUCACCCAAAGAGAUCGAGCGCAUGGUGGCCAUAAUCCACCGCAAGUUUAGCUCCAUCCAGAUGCAGCUGAAGCAGAGCACCUGUGAGGCCGUCAUGAUCCUGCGGUCUCGUUUCCUUGAUGCCAGACGUAAAAGACGCAACUUCAAUAAGCAAGCAACAGAGGUGCUGAAUGAAUAUUUCUACUCUCACCUGUCCAACCCGUACCCCAGCGAGGAAGCCAAGGAAGAAUUGGCCAAGAAGUGUGGGAUCACUGUCUCUCAGGUCUCGAAUUGGUUCGGCAACAAGAGAAUUCGGUACAAGAAGAACAUUGGUAAGUUCCAGGAGGAAGCAAACCUGUACGCCGUAAAAACAGCCGUGGACGCUGCCAAUGUGUCAGCACAGGCCAGCCAGGCGAACUCUCCAGCAACACCCAACUCAGGUGGAUAUCCUGCACCGUGCUACACACCUGAUGGCAGGCUAUGAAGAUCUGGCAGGAAGUCCCCUUUACACCCCACACCGUCUAGACGCUAACAACAGCUGGCAAGACAACACCAACCCGUCCUCCAUCACUUCUCCACCAGGACCACCUGGCAGCAUCCAUUCAGACACCUCCAGCUAAUGCAGCUCUCACGCUACCCCGCAUACAUUUACUGACAGACAGAGCAUCCCAUAAUCCAGACUCAGCCCCGCCCCCUUUCCUGCGUCCUUCAAACUGGCAGAUGUCAAAGGUCUUCCAUAGUCCUCCGUUCCGAUUUCUCCACGGUGCUCCUCCAGGGUUCUCGCACCGAACCGGACUGUUUGGAUGGAUGCACGCGUACCUUUCGCAAAAAGGCCGUGGAAUGUAAGACACGUCCUCGUCUGCAGGCUGGACCGUAACUUUCCUGUUCUGACCUGUCCUGAAGAUUACACACCUCCUCCCUCUUUGCUUGUACCAAAGUGCUGUCAACGGUUGUCACACCUUCCUCUCGACGAUGAACAACCUCAGACAACUGCCGCGCAGAUCUAUUCGUUUGCAUUUUUAAUACGCUUCUCUCUUCUUCAUUCCCCUUUCAGUAAGGAAAGCGAUGCGUUAAUGACUUUGUCGUGCUUCUGCAAGCAUUCGCUCUCACGGAGGAAGCCGUCCGUCAUUGUUCGACAUUGUGUCAAGCACAAAUCCUGUCAGUAACACUUUCACCUGACGGUUGAAUCUGUGAAAAGGUACGACGGACGUUUAACCGUUCCAUUAGUUUGGUGCGAAAAAGUGGAUGGAAAAAUGACCUUUUUUUCCCUUUUUUUUUUUAGUUUAGCUAUUUGUAUUUUGUUCUGCGAAGAAUGCACCAGCCAAAAGACUUAAGAGCUCAAGUCGAGCGUUAGGAAAUGGGACAGAUAGGUGGAGUAUUCGGAUGGGUUAUUAGAAAUAUUUUUAAAGGGAAAGAAAAAUGAUAUUCCACUGUCUUCCAUGCAUGUAGGGGUGUUGACAUGUUUUAGCCGUUCCAUUUUUUUUAAUUUUCCAAACAAAUUACUAUUAAAGAGAGAGAGAGGGUGUAAGUAACAGACCAAAUAAAUAAACGAACAACUAUGUGAAUAAAAAUAUACCCACAAUGCAUACUGCCCGAUCCAGCGCUCAGGCCUGGCGUUUCUCUAAGAUAUCCGUGGACGGAAAUUUGUCGUUUUUACGCAACGCUCGGAUAUUUUUAAGGAGGCUACCAUCGUAUUAUCGCGUAUAUGAUGAUGAUGUUACACAGAAAAUAGUUUUUUUUUUUUUAUUUGUCCACAUGUUACUAUGUUGUGUGUGUAUGGGUGUCUGUUUUUAAAGGGUUGGGUUGUCUCGUGACACACUUUUGCUGUGCUUUUAAACUGAUUGUAUUGUACGUGCAAUUGAAAGCACCUGUUCCUUGGUAAAAGCAUGCUGUCUUUUUCGUUGCCUACAAUUUCACUAAACAAAAGGAACUCUUCGUUUUUUGCGUAAUCGGUAGCCAAGGGCUUUUCUCCUUUCAAAUCGAACCAAAAAUGAGCACUGGACGUUUUGGGAUUUGAAACAGACGCUAAUACUGAGGAACAUUUGAAUAAAUUUCUAUUUAGUUUUAAGUCGAACAAGUUAUUUGUAUUCGGGACUUGUUUUUAUGCGUUUGUUUCCUGCGACGAUUACUUUUUUCCCAAUUGUACCUUUAGUCGUAAAAGCGGAAGGACGUUUUGAUAUAUGAAUGGAAAUUCUAUAUAUUAAACAAAGGACUAAAUGACGUUGAAACGUAAAUUGGGGUUUUGUUUAUAUGUACACAGAAAAACAAACUCUGAGGAGCUUUUCAAGGUAUUCAUCAUCAUCAUCAUCAUCAUCGUGUCCUCUAUAGAUUACUGUUAGUUAUAAACAUUUCAUAUGGAUAUCUCCAACUAAUGCUAUUACUACACCAAAAUGUCUUUGUUUUGUUUUUCUAUCAGUCAUCUAUGGAUGUCACUGUACAGAUUGUGGAAUGUUUCAGUGUAUUUUCUCUUUGUUUUUCUUUAUAUAUAUUGUUUUGUUUUUUAUCGCUGGGGUGUUGGAUUUACUCACGAGGAAGAGUAAUAUUAUUUGUUAGUCUUUGUAAUAAUAUUCAUUUUAGCCUUACAUUUUAUUUUACGAGUCUCAGAGUGUUAUUCGUUUAUUUCGUGUGUGUCGAACUGGUAACGUUUGUUUACGGUGCUGUGAAAAUUCGCACUAUUACUAUUUGGAUGCAUCGUAUAUAUGCAGUAAAGAUAUCAAACACUACAUAUCGGAUUAUACUUAUAGACUUCACAGCAGUCAGAUUUGUGCGUUUGGCUAUUUAAAGUUCCUGGAGUUAUUGGGUGGAUUCCACAGCACUAAAUCAAAUGAUAUCAGUGAUUUAUUUUUAUCGAUUUUUAUGAUUAUUUUACUAGAAUUGUAGUACACGCUUCCUUCUGUAUUUACCAUUCUCUCCCUAUUCUCUACCUCUCCUCUCUCCAUUUCAUUUGUAUAUAAACCCCACCAUUUUCAGACUUGGUAGUCUGUAUAAACUCCUUUUAUACCUCAACUUUAGAACUGUUCUAGUGAGAGAGAAAAAAAGAAAUAUGAGAAAAUUGUAGUGUUCCUUAUUAGAAAAACAAAAACUAAUAAAAUAAUCUAGUGUGCUUUUGA